AUGGAGCUGUUUAUUUCAGCUGCAGUCUGUCUGCUUACUUUAACGAUUACUUUAGUGGUUGGUGAGCCUGCAGCUGUAAGUUCUAACCCAUCUAGCGAUGCACUCGUGGAGGCACGGUACGAUCAUUAUGAAGACAUUUUCCGAUACUGGUGGCCAUGGUUCAGCGAUCUAUCGACGGUCGUUGCCAUAAAGCUAAAGAUUGCGAUCAUUUUGGUCGCGAUGCACGUUUUCGGGGAUGGUUACUAUUGGUCCAAAUGGACCGGCGGUUCCAGUGUCUUCGGCAACGGUCCGUUUGUACAACAUCCAGCCGGUUUCGGUUGGGGUCGUCGACGCAAACGUAGCGCAGCGUCCGUUCGGACGGGAGAGGAGGCCAAGGACACGGAUUUGGCAGAGCUGAUAUUCGACAAACUGGACCUCAACGAUGAUGCAUGUCGCAGGCGUAUCGUGUGUGAACUUUACCUGCAAGGAAAGCGCAUACCAGAAGUGUGGAGAGUGAUGAACGAGUCGGGCUAUGAAGUGUUUCGUGCCUACCGGCCGAAAAGUACUGUGCUAAGUUCUGCCGAGUGUAGUAAGCUUUACAAAUGUAGUCUAAAUCCGACACGGGACGGUUUGGUGCAGAUGAGACAAAAAACUACCCCAACCGAAAACAAUGAAGAUGAUUGGAGAUGGCCACGUUAG